AUGAUUUGUAAGCCUGCUAACGUAGCUGAUAACGAGGAGGGUAGUGCUCAGCUACAGAACAGUAUUGGCCUGUGGAAGCCUUCUGUCAGUCCUGGUCCUCAGGGUCCUGCAGGGAAGCCAGGAUUGGACGGCAUAGGAAAACCAGGUCAAGAUGGAUUAACAGGUAAGCCAGGAGCUGCAGGGUAUAAAGGUGAGCCUGGACCACCAGGUGCGAGGGGUUUGCCUGGAGUUCCAGGGUAUGAAAAACUAGGAAUGAAUGGAAUAAAAGGCCAGCGAGGGCCUCCUGGUGCACCAGGUGCUCCAGGACCCAAGGGUGAACCAGGUGUAAAUGGUUUACGUGGUGAACCAGGUUUUAAGGGUGAACAAGGUUAUCCAGGGCCAAUGGGAUCCAAGGGUUUAAUGGGAAAGCAUGGUCUACCAGGACCUGAAGGUAAAAUUGGGCUUACUGGGCCUCCAGGGCCAAAAGGAAGACAAGGGGAUCAGGGAUAUAGUGGUGUACCUGGAAAAUCUGGUAUACCUGGGGAAAGGGGUUUACCAGGACUUCCAGGAGCACCAGGUAAAAUUGGUCCGAAAGGAGACUUUGGACAUACAGGGGCUCCUGGGAUACCAGGAUUAGCAGGUCCUAUAGGACCCAAAGGUGAACCAGGGCAAAAUGGACAACCAGGGCCCAGAGGCUCUUCAGGAAUUCCAGGUAUGCAGGGGGCUACAGGACCUAGAGGACCAAUGGGUUUACCUGGUCCCAGAGGAGAAUCAGGGCCUCCAGGCUUACCAGGAGAAGGAAAAUUAGGAGUACCAGGAACUACAGGACCAAUGGGCCCAAUGGGACACCCUGGUAUUCCAGGUAGGAUGGGAGCUCAAGGCCUGCCUGGACCUCCAGGCCCACUGGGCCCACCCGGGAUCAUCGUUAAUGGGGAAACAACAGGUAUUGCUAGCCUGCAAGUAAAUGGUGGUGUGGAUGGUGCCUCAAUACCAGUAAACGGAAAGCCAAAAUAUGAAAGAGGAGAAAUUUCUGCACACGUAGUUCCAGCUUUCACUGCAAUCCUUACCAAGUCAUUUCCACCUUCAGGGGUUCCCAUUAAGUUUGAUAGGAUUUUGUAUAAUGGACAACAUGGUUACAAUCCAGCAACCGGGCUAUUCACGUGUCAAGUUCCCGGUGUCUACUACUUUGCUUAUCACGUGCAUAUAAAGGGAACCAGUAUCUGGGUGGCACUGUACAAGAAUAAUGUUCCUGCAAUGUACACGUAUGAUGAAUAUAAGAAAGGAUACCUUGAUCAAGCAUCAGGGAGUGCAGUUCUGGAACUCAGAGAGCAUGAUCAGGUGUGGAUCCAGAUGCCGUCAAACCAAGCCAAUGGUUUAUAUUCCACCGAUUACAUCCAUUCCUCAUUCUCAGGAUUCCUACUUUGCCCAACAUAACGAUGAUCAACUUGAAUUAGCGGAUUUAUAUAUUGUGUAGUAAUUAACUGUAUCAAGAGGGACACUGGGAACACACACACACACACGUACUAUUUGUUGCUACCAUUUUCCAGUAUAAAAGAAAAGCCUCUGGAUGAAAAUCGGCGUAGUAUAACAACCACAAACAUCAGACCUUUUCCCUAGUGACUGCACAUUUUCAGCUUACGCCAUAAGGGACAAAAUGUGGAACUGU